UCCAUCUCACAGCUGAUGGCUGCUCUUCCCAGAGCAGUUCUUGAGCUUAGCUUGUGAUUGUGUUUUACUGAAAAAUAUAAGCACUGUCUUCUCUGGGUUGCAUGCUUUCCUCUGCCUCCUCCAUUCAGUGUUCCCAGAAGCCUACACUGUGUCAGCCAAGAAGGAGAAACAAAGAAUUCUCAAGAGCACAAGGGACUUGGAGUCAGGAGACGUGCUAUUUCCUCUCGUCCACUGACCAGCAAGGUGAUGGAGGAAAAAGACUAUGAACAUCGCGAGGACAAUCCCACAGAAGCGAUGUCCCAGCAUCCUGAACCAGACAUGUCGGGAGGUCUAAGGGAGAAGGAACAGACCCCAAAGACACUGAGGCUGAUGCUGGUGGGGAAAACUGGAAGUGGGAAAAGUGCAACAGGAAACAGCAUCCUUGGCAGGGAAGUGUUUGAGUCUAAACUCAGUGCUACACCUGUGACCAAAGCCUUCCAGAAAGAGAGACGAGAAUGGUCUGGGAAGGAACUUGAGGUGAUCGACACCCCUGAUAUUUUGUCCCCUUCGGCUCCUCCGGAAGUGGCAGUCCAGGACAUCUGUACUGCCAUUGUCAUCUCCUCCCCAGGGCCGCAUGCUGUGCUCCUGGUGACACAGCUGGGCCGGUUCACAAAGGAGGACCAGGACGUGGUCAGGCGCCUCCAGGAGGUCUUCGGAACGGACAUCCUGGCCUACACCAUCCUGGUGUUCACCCGGAAGGAAGACCUGGACGGUGGCUCUCUGGAUGAGUAUAUGAGUGAGACUGACAACCAAGAACUUGCUGAGCUGGACAUGAUGUGUGCGCAUCGCCACUGUGGCUUCAACAACAAGGCAGAGGAGGUGGAGCAGGAGGCCCAGCUGGAGAAGCUCAUGGAGAACAUCGAGGGAAUCCUGUGGGAAAAUGAAGGCCAUUUUUAUAGCAACAAGGUUUACCAAUACUUCCAGCAAAACAUUCUGCUCAGAGAAGCGAAGGGAAGGCAAAUAACCCAGGAACUAUGCUCUGAGAAAGUGCUCAGCGAGGUGUCCUGGAUGGAGGACCUGUGCCAAUUCCAGAAGAAAUGUGAGGAAAGUAACAAACCUCUCCUGAAGAAGACAUGCAGCUGUUGGAGCACAACCUGGGCUCUACUGAUGAUACACAACUAUUUCACGUCAGCCCCCAUGUCCAGCUUCCAGGCCAUCACUUGCCCUCUUCAUCCCACGCGUCGCUGACCAGCCUAGUCUCCAGGUCAAUGUCGGGUGUGGUGAGGGGAUGUGGGUUCCAGAGUUCCCAGCUCACAUCCAGCUCCUUCAUCAAAUCAUCCAGAAGACAUGAGCGCUCCGUCCUCUGCCCCCGUCCACACGCUCUUCUCAGGUGGAACCUCACAUCCAUUGGCACUGAAUUUCUUGACGUUCUUGUCUUUACCCUGAGAGAACCAAAGCUUCCUGAGGGCAGGCCUGUGCCUCAUUCUUCCAGGACCCUCACAGCAUCCUGGUCAACUGGACUCUCUCCUUGAGCGAUGAGAGCAAAUCAGUGGGACAAUGACCAGGCGACUUUACAUCUCUUGGGCCAUGUCCUGGCCUGUAAAGGGGGCAGACAUAAUGACUUUUAAGGUUCUUGUUGUGUGUGGUAGGUCAGGACAUAACAAUGGCUCUGUGAUAUGCGGGGAGGGACAGCUGCUGGGCUGGGGAGGAGAAGGCCAGUAGACACAGGGAAGGGGCAGAAGGAGAAGCCCUUUUAUUCAGCCCUGAAAGAGGCCAUCGGAUCCAAACAAAUGAGCUCCAUGGGAACUUCCUGGUGGCGAUCAUUGGCAAAGUUGGGUGGGGAUAUCGAAGAAGCCAGGCCUGGUCAGGAAGGCAGACCCUAGACCUGGCUGUAGGACGUGGAGGCCCCAGGAGGUGCCAAGGGGACUUGUGCAGAGAGGGGCACUUCCCUACUGCGGACUUAGGUUAGGGAGGUCAUGCCAUUAUUUCCACUUCAUCAUGUCCUCCUUUGUGUUAGAAAACAAAGGUGAUUUUCAACCCUGUCUCAGCCUGACCUUCAACCUUUUCCUUUCUCACUUGAUAGUGGGAAGAAAACGUGGAUGGGGUGAGUGUCUGGGUGUGUAAAUGGGUCCCCCAACAAGGUAUGUGGGGGUGUAGAAUGGAGGGAGGCAGAGAAGAAAGGGACCCUGCAAAGGUAGCAGUGGAAUGACUCAAACAUUGUCUGGAGCAGCUGCCUGGUUGGUGGGAGAACUGCUUUGCGUGGGUGGCUUUCUGGAGCACUGCUCCUACAGACAGGAUUCCUAGGAAGUGAGAUGGAAGAGGACCGGAAGACAGCAGGAUGUUGGUCUGGCUGUGGCCUCUAACGGGUGCCAUCGAACCUCACAAAGAGACUGACAUGCUUCAGAUGCACCUCAGCUUCUCUGAGGUUCAAGAUGCUCCUUGGGGAGUCUGAUCAACUGAUGGAAACAGGAUAGGAGGGAACGGGGGCGGAGUGGAGGACUACCUCCUGAUAGACCCCUCUUUUCCUUUCUUCAAACUGUGCGGCAGAGGAUCUCUACUACCUUCCCACUCCAGGGUGGGAAGUGAGACUGGGGGUAACAGUGCUGGGGGACAAUCAGAAAUUCGAGAUGCAGCCUCAGGUCUGUCUGGAGGCUCAUCCGCCUGCCAGAAUCUUCUAUCAGACGCCCUGUCAGGACCUUGAUAGACAUGGUGGACUCCCAAGAACGAUGGAGCAUUUCUUUUGCUAAAAGAUUCAGAAAAGUGUCCCAAGGUAGAACAGAAACUUAUUUUGGUGUAUACUUAAGAUAGCCUUGGUGCCAGGACCAUUUAUUCAAUGAGCGAUCCAUUUCCUGCUGAAAUACAGUAUUUGUCGUCUCUUAAAUUUUCAUACUCCCUAAGAUCCAUGUCAGGAUUUUUAAUUCUGUUCCUGUCUUCUGUUCUUCUAUAUGAAUAAAAUAUUGAUUUGAUUAUA